AAAAAAAAAAAAACACAUACUGAUAAGACCUAAACACAUACUCAAAAUAAAACAAAAAUUUAAAAGGCAACAGCAUAUUUUCUGCUAAACACACACACACACACCCACACACACAAGAUGAUUUCACACACAGUAAGAGUCUUUAAGCUGAUGUACAUUGUGGCUGGCAUAUUAAUUAGCAAUGAGGAAAUCUGCGAUACAGUCGAUCGCAUACAAAUAGCACCACGUGUCGAAAUGAAGCCAGAAUUCGAUCAGCGACGCGCCCUAACAUCGCCAAGCUCACCACGAGAUGGCGAAGAGCAGCCAUCCUCAAAAUCAGCCAAGAAGCGGCGGGUCAGUGUGACGGGAUUGGCCGGUGGAAUGGUUCGCGGUGUAACCAGUCAGGUGACCAAACGGGUGGGCAAUCGUUUUGGCUGGCUCUACGAUGUCCGAUUAAUACUCCAACAAUGGCGAACAUUGGCCUUGAGUUUCAAUCUCUGGACCAUACCCAAUUUCCUCAUGGAAUGCUCUACCAGCUACAUAAGCAAAAAGUUCUUUAUAAAUAGUGACUGUGAUUUGAUUUACAAAUAGGCGAAAGAGAAAGAAAACCAAAUAUAAUAAUAAUAACUCUCGAAUUUUUCGCUACACACCAAGAGAAGUGAGGGGAAAUUUUUUUUUUAUUUCUUUUUAAGUUUUUUUUU